UUCUGCUUCCUCUCAUCCUGUCAUUUAAACCCACUGAAUAACAGCUGCUGGGCGCGUUGAAGGCUUUUGUGUCUCCUCAGUCUCCACAGGCCUCCACUUACGCUCUUUUAUCACGUUAAACUCAACAAAGAGUCAAUUGCAGAGUCAAAAUAUGCAAUUCAAUCCAGUUAAAAUGCUUUCAGCUGAUUUGUUCAAGAGGAAAGACUCAAUAUUUCUUACAGUAAAUCACUGAUAUUGCCUCGUUUUCUACGGGUUACAUUCAGAUAUUUGACUUUAAAUAUGGUAAUACCAUAUUGUGAAAACACAAGUGUAGUUAAAGUAUCACAAGUCUUAUAUCAUGUCCUUUUAACCAGUAUAAUGCAAACAAAUACGUCGCCUAAUAUAAAAGUCUAAGACCACAAACAUGUCAUCAGACCAUUCUGAAGUUGUAUUUUAUAAAAUCACUGAAGAUUACAGAGCCGUUAUGUUUGAUUUGUGUUUCAAGUGGUGUCCACGUGACCUCCUUGUUUAUAUCUCGGUAAAAAAAAGAGGCCAUUCUCAUAUAUUCUAAAAUAAACUUUACGCGAAUCCACACCGGUCUUCAGAGGUUUCGUGAGGCUGUGCUGCUCGGGACUGAGUGCCCCCCCCCCCUUCUUAAAGUGACGGAGAGGCUGUAAUUUGAGAGGAGCUGAGAGGUAUUAUUAGCCAGAAGAAGAAAAGGAGACGUCCAGAUGUUGCGUUCGCGGCACGGAGCUACAAUCAGAUCCCCCCCGUCUCUGCGCGCACUGAUGGAAGCGGACGGUUAACGGGAGCAAGUUUAGAAAAGAAGAAAAAACACCUUUUGGUUGUAAUUUCCAUUCUUUCUUACUUUCUUUCUUUUUUUUAUUACAAUCUUUUCGGACAAAGAGGAUAAAAACGCGACAGCGGAGCCUCAGCUUAACCGCGCAGUCUGGACGUUUAAACCCGGUUGAAAUGCGCGCGCUGGGGAUCAAAUAAGCCACUUUUACCGAAUGAACCGUGUCCCCUUUGCUCUCUAAACAAGCCCGUCCGGUCCACCGAUGCUUGGCGUGGGACGGAGAGGCUCCAUGGCUCCCCUCCACUGGCUCCUGUGCGCCGGCGUCUUCUCGCUGCCGCCGUGCGCCGCCUUCUUCCGCGGACCUCUCCAGCCGGAGAUGUCCAACGGCACCUUCCACCACUACUUCGUGCCGGACGGGGACUACGAGGACAACGACGACCCGGAGAUGUGCCAGAUGCUCUUCAAGAUGACCGACGAGCGGAAGUGCGUCCUGGACGAGGACCGGGACGAGGUGAUCCGGGACGACUUCUCCAUCCUGCGCCGGCACGUCGAGGACUCGGCCCGCGUGCUGGAGGGCAUCGGGAGGAGCAUCUCCUACGACCUGGACGGGGAGGACAGCUACGGGCGGUACCUGCGCAGGGAGACGGCGCAGAUCGGCGAGGCCUUCGCCAACUCGGAGAAGUCGCUGCUGGAGCUGGAGGUGAAGUUCCGGCAGAGCCAGGAGAGCGAGCUGAAGGAGGAGCACCGGCUCAACGACGACUUCCUCAGCAUGGUGGUGCACACGCGGGACGUCCUGAGGGACACGCUGGACGUCUCCGUGGGGCUGCGGGACAAGCACGAGCUGCUGUCCCUGGUCAUCCGCAGCCACGGCACCCGGCUGAGCAGACUGAAGAACGAGUACCUGAAGCUGUGAUGGACGAAGAAGAAGCGGUCAUAUCAGGGAUGAAAACACGACUUAAAGGGCCAGUUCACCUGAAAUACCAGUAUAUUCUCCAGGAAAAAAGAAGAAAAAAAGAAGAGAACUGGUAGAAACAGCUUUUACUGGUAAAGGAAACAAUAAGACAAACACUUUUAACUUUAAUAAUUGCUUUGUUUUUUUUUCUCCAUCAAACAAUCGGAGAACGCUGACGGGUUAUAGGCACGUACCCUCAGAUGAUUCCUGGCUUAAUAUGUCCAGGUCAUGUGAUUGCAAAAGUGGAAAGAGGGCCGCUGCCCCAAGGCCCCCCCCCCCCCCCCCCCCCCCAAAAAAACCCCAUAUCUGUGAUUCGGUAAUUAUCCGGCAUUAUAACCUGGGCUCACGGCCGUGUUUUGCAGAGUUGUUGUGCAUCAAAAUCUGUAGAAUACCUUCUUAUUGUUAUAGUCGAUUUUAUACUCAUGAGGUCAAUAUUUCCAAACUCAGUUGUGCUCCAGGAGACCAAAAAAAAGUCCAUAAAUGUCCAUUGGAUGGACUAAUGGUGUUCAUUUCUGUGAGGGAUAAUAUAAAAAAAAACCCACCUGGGCUUAUAAAACCAAAACACUCUCUGUAGGAACCGCUAAAGGGGGGAAUCUAGUUGACGGAAGCUUGAUGAUAAUCUAAAAGUAAGCCUUCGAGCCAGAAGAUCAUUAAGGUGACAACAGGAACCAUCAGCUCUCUGCACAACGCAUUCAGUGAGCAAACACACCGAGUGACGAUUGACCUCUGGGACCUUUUGGACACAUCUGUCAGCAGUGAAAGAAGACGUGUUUGGAAAUGAGUCUUUGAGCGUUUUUCGUCACGUCGCAUUGAGGGUCGGCGUCGCGUGGUAACCGCGGCGACCCUGCAGAACGUUUGGGAGAAUAUAUCAAAGAAUGUUUACAUAUGGACACCCCGUGUUUUUUCCUUUUUUCCUGCUUUUUUCCAGCAGCACAAUCCUAAAUGCUAAGUGUCCCGUUUGUUCGAUUCUGCAUAUUAUCUUGCAAAAAUGUACAGUGUGAUAUAAGAAGUAAGUAAAUACUGUGAGUUCCAAUAUCUUUAUUAAAAAAACACACAUAUAUAUAUAUAUAUUCAUUGUUUAUGAAAAGUUAUGAAAUAGAGCCGCAUAUAUCUAUUCUUGCUAAACAUUUUGAAAGAUAUGCGGCGAGAUGUAAAAGACGGAUAAGACUGCAGGCAGCACUCACCGGGUUGUGUUUUGUCUUCUUAAAUAAACAGUUUGUGUUGGA